AUGGAAAGGUUACGUUACAAUAACAGGUUGGCAAUGGAAGAGGGAGAGUUAACCCAUCCUCCCAGGACUGUCGUUGGGAUUAUUAUUCAUGUUCUCGCACGUAUGGCCGAUAUCGUGGGGACUCUCAUUCAGAUUAUUGUGGACGUUCCUACAUUUGUGCCCGAUAUCGAGAGAUAUAAAUAA